AUGAUGGCCCUGCUCCAUUUCUACAACAUGCCCACUUUACGCGUUGGGGGUAACACGGAUUUUGAAGGCGAUGAUGAGAAGCAUCAUUUCUUUGCAGAUCGUUUCAACGAUUCUCUGAAGGCUCAGGCUUUCCGCCAGUACGAGGAAGCCAAAGUUCUUUUCGAAAGAGCGGCGCAAAUCCGAAAGUCCGAUGUCUCGGUGCGAGAUGCUUGGGCAACUGUUUUGUCGAAGCUGCCGCAGCGGGACGCAGAGCUUUUGGAAUGGCAAUUGCGCGUCCGAUCCGAACAAAAUUGGGCGACCCAAAUGGAUGAUGUGGGGCUUCGUUUGGCUGAGCUGGCAACCUACAGCGACUUUGAUAGUUCGGCACCUCAUCAUGGCGGGGAUUUCCGCUUCACGUCCAGUGGCGAGUUGCUGGCUAAGCUCUCCGAAGGUUUGGAUCUUCGGCUCAACACAAAGGUGAAAUCCAUCCACUUCGAGAAGGACGACCGCUUGAUGGUGCAAACUGAUCAGACCAUUUACCAAGGUGCGGCAGUAAUUGUGACCGCCUCCUUGGCAGUGCUCCAGAGGCAUCAAAUUCACUUCCAUCCCCCAAUGCCAUCCUCUUUUCUAGCAGCCUUGGGGCGUUUUCAGAUGGGUCAGCUGGGAAAGCUUUUCGUGAAGUUCACACCUGGUCAAUGCCCGAUAGGGGAGACGACCUACCUUCUCUCAAGAUUGGUCUCAAGAACCUCACGGAGGCUGCUUUACUACUGCAUUCGUGAAGAUGUGCCAAGCACGGUGGCUUUGGUUUGCCUGGUCGGGGGUCCUUCCUACGAGGCGGCGCGGCAGUGUACGGUGCAUGAGGUGGUCCAAGAGCUGAAGGAGAUGUAUCCGCACAUGGCACCUGGAGCAGUGGAGGAUGUGCAUUUUGUGUCUUUUGAGGAGGACCCGCAUGUUCUUGGAUCAUGGACGUCUGGAAAGGUGGGAUCUUCAAGCAGCGAUUUCGACAUCUUCCAACAGAAGAAUUCACGAGGCCUUUACUUUGCUGGGGAGCACACCUGCCGCCUGAUGUACGGCAGUUUGCAGGCUGCGGCGGUCUCGGGUGCACGUGCGGCUCUUCAGGUCAUUUCGGCCACCGACCUUUCCAGCGCGUGGCCAUUCUUCCAGAAGAACCUGUCUUCUUUAUGCGACGAGUUAGCACCAUCGUCACGUCAGGAUUUGUGCGGGGCUUCUUGCGCCGACACUUGGCAGCCUUUGGCCUCCCAAGUGCCGAGCUACUUCCAGAGCUGGCCAGGUAUGGGUUUGAAGACUCGAAGCUGCUGGGAAGCUCUUGGAUGGACAGAAGUGUCCUGGAAAGCCAAGAGCAGGAUCCCGACCUCAAGCCAGAAGUCUUGGAAACAGCUAAGCCCAGAGGAGCAAAGAUCAGCUAGAUGUGUUGGCUACAGUCGUCAGCUUUGGGAUGACUUGAAGGAAGACAUUGCUGACUCCAUACUUUGCCGAAAUGGCUCGGCUCACUUCCAACUGCCUUGGGACUGCUUGCCUGGACCGUUGAUGGAAGAUUG